CGGGACAGCGCCUGGGAGCCCGAAGGAAGGCAGCGGGAGGCUGCCAGGCUUCCUCUCCCGCUGGUGGUGGCCACGGCGCCCCUCCCGGCUCCGGCUCCGGGUUGCUCUCACAUCCUGGAUUUGUUUGCCCCGCCCCAGGCUGCCCCCUGCCUGCCUGCCCUGCCUUCCAAGGUUACCAGCAGACAGCCUGUGCCCCAGAACGGCCCUGGGAGGUCUGAUUCCACGUGGGGCUGAAACUGCUUAGCGUUGAAGAAAGCGAGCCUUAGCAGUUUCUUGUUGUUUUUCUUUUGUCGGCUCCUCAUCCGCCAGGCGAGUUACGGGCCCUCCGAGAGCACGUCAGCACUGAUUGGCUCUCAGGGGUUCCGGCGCACCCAUUCUCGUCUUAGAUUGGUCGUGAGAUCUCGCGCGAUCAGGACAAAACCAAAAAGGGGACCGGGUCGCGAGCAAGAUGGCGGCCGCUGCGGCCGGUGUAGGCCGGCUAGAGGAAGAGGCCCUGCGGAGAAAAGAACGGCUGAAGGCCCUACGGGAGAAAACGGGACGCAAGGACAAGGAAGAUGGGGAGCCAAAGAUCAAGCAGCUCCGAGAAGAGGAGGAAGAAGGCGAGAAGCACAGGGAACUCAGGCUGCGGAACUAUGUCCCGGAGGAUGAGGACCUGAAGAGGAGGAGGGUACCCCAGGCCAAACCAGUUGCCGUGGAAGAAAAGGUGAAGGAGCAGUUGGAGGCCGCCAAGCCUGAGCCCGUCAUUGAGGAAGUGGACCUGGCCAACCUGGCACCCCGGAAGCCCGAUUGGGACCUCAAGAGAGAUGUGGCCAAGAAGCUGGAGAAGCUGGAGAAGCGGACACAGCGGGCCAUCGCCGAGCUGAUCCGUGAAAGGCUGAAGGGCCAGGAGGACAGCCUGGCCUCUGCUGUGGACGCCAGUGCUGAGCAGGAGGCCUGUGACUCCGACUGAGUGGCUGCUGCCCCUCUGCCUGCUGGGCGGAGUAGAUGGCCUCGGCAGUGGGGCCAUGCCAGUGUCACCCUAGGUCUUCCUGGACAACUGCAGCAGCCCUGGUGGGGCUGAGCCCCAUGGCGGGGUGAGGACAGUUCCUGUCCCCAGGGUCCCUGCCACCCUGAGUGAGCACCCGUGCCUGUACAUACGUCUGUGUGCUGAACUCCAGUGUCAGAAGUGGAGACAAGUAAACCCUGUGUGCAGCAGAAACCUGU